CAUCCUCCCUGCCGGCCUCGCCGCCCAGGGCCCGGCGCAGCAUCCCGGCAGGCCGGAGGCCGCGCGUGGCGCCCGCCGGGGAAGAAGAGGCGACCCUGCUGCCCGCCCGCCCGCGGAUGGAACCAAAAAAGCCAAGCCAAGAGGAGACAAAAGGAAGCGCGGCUGGCUGGUGUGCCCGCCCACCCCUCUGACUGGCAGAUCCCAGUUAACACCUUAUCAGCGCAGUGGCAGAGAUCCCUGCUUGCUAAAGCAGCCGGAGCAGAAGAGGCGGAGAGAGGAGGGCGCUUUGUAACCAGGGACGACGGGUAGCAACACUCCGCAGGGCUUCGGGGAGGAAGGAGAGGCGACGGGAACGGCAGCAAUCCUCCUGAGCCACUUUUGUGUUGCAAGUGUGUGCUGGCGUUCACUUUCGUCAGGAUCUCUGCAGCCCCACUGCCUUUGGCCUGCCAGCGGAUCCCAGAACCUUUUGCCUCCCGGCAGAAUGGCCUACGCUCCCUUUGCCAUCUGCUGAUGCUCGGUUAAAGACCUGGGCUUGUGCACCCAGCAGGGAACCCUCCAGGACUCCAACUCCCAACACUGGAUUGCGGCUCAGCGCAUAACACACACACACACCCCAUUUUCCUCUCUCCUCCCCGCCCUUCCCCUGCCUUUCGCCCUCUCUUCUCCCUGGUCCUUUUGAUUUUUUUUUUUUAAAGCAAGAAGGUGCUUCGGUUUGGUUUCAGAUCCUAGGCGGCCUAUUCACCCUCUCCCCCCUUCAUCUAUGACUCUUUGUUGAGCCAAGAGAGGCCGUCCAUCAACAUCUAUGUGCGCUUAAGUCUGGAGGACGAAUUUGCCGGGCCACCAUGGGGAAAUCUAACAGCAAGUUGAAACCUGAAGUUGUAGAAGAGCUCACCAGAAAGACAUACUUCACAGAGAAGGAGGUCCAGCAAUGGUACAAAGGCUUUAUCAAAGACUGUCCCAGUGGGCAGCUGGAUGCGGCUGGAUUCCAAAAGAUCUACAAGCAAUUCUUCCCCUUUGGAGACCCAACCAAGUUUGCUACCUUUGUCUUUAACGUCUUUGACGAGAACAAAGAUGGAAGGAUUGAGUUUUCUGAAUUUAUCCAGGCCCUGUCUGUCACUUCUCGAGGAACUCUGGAUGAAAAACUGCGGUGGGCCUUUAAACUGUAUGACUUGGACAACGAUGGGUACAUCACGAGGAAUGAGAUGCUGGAUAUUGUAGAUGCUAUUUACCAGAUGGUGGGCAAUACUGUGGAGCUUCCCGAGGAAGAAAAUACACCAGAGAAGAGAGUGGACCGGAUUUUUGCCAUGAUGGACAAAAACGCUGAUGGGAAGUUAACUCUUCAGGAGUUCCAGGAGGGUUCCAAGGCUGACCCCUCGAUUGUACAGGCUCUGUCCCUCUAUGACGGACUCGUAUAGUUUCACGGCACUGUGCUUGGACAUGCCUGAGGGGACCCUCUUCCAGUGCCAUCAGACCACCUCCAAAAUGACGCUCGCCUGACUGUGCCAGCCCUCCUUUGUAUGAAUGCGAACAAGGGAUGCGCUUGAAGCGUGGCGUCCACCCAACCACUUUGCGCUCGAAAUCAACUGUGUCUCCAUUUGCCAAUUUCUGCAUUUAAUUAUGAAAAAGGAAAGGGGGGAGGGGAGAAGAAACAGCUGCAUCAUUCCCUCAGGGCCGCGAAUAUCAUCGUGUGGAGAAUCCUCUCACACACAUAAUAACUAUGUUUUUGUUUGUUUGUUUUGAAUGAACUAAGAACAAGCGAUAUUUUACAUUUUUCAUGAGGGGAGAAUGCAGAUUGGAGAUGUAGGAACCCGAAAUGCAUCGGUGUUUGCGGCUGCUGCUGGCUUGGAUAGGAACUGGCAGGGUGGGUCACUGAAUUGACGCUGGCUUUUGCGUCCAAAAAGAGGGUGGCAUGGCGGGGCAGUAGGAUAAAAAUCCAUUUGAAAUCAAUGUUGCGUCUCAUCUGGGUUUGCAGCAAACUGCAUUGCUAGGAAAUACAUAUAUAUAUAUA